AUGUGCACGUACGGGUUCAGAGGAGAGGCACUGGCCGCGCUCGCUGCCAUCAGCGUGCUGACCAUCGAGACGCGCAAGGCGGAAGAGCCAACCACCCUGUGCAAGAUCAUCAAAGGUGGCGCAGUCAUUGCCAAGGGCCGUGCGGGAUCAGAGCUGCGGGAGGCAGGCACGUGUGUGACAGUCACCGACCUGUUUUACAACCUCCCGGUUCGCCGCCAGCGGCUGGGCCCUGCUGAUAUGGACCGCAUCAAGCACAAGAUGGGUGCGCUGGCGCUGAUGCUGCCCAAGCUUGCCCUCACUCUCACGGACACCCAGACCGGUCACAAGCACGUUAACUCGAGUGGGGCCGUGUCCACGCGCGGUGUCUUUGGCCGUCUCUUUGGCAACGACAAGAGCCGUCACCUCAUUUCCCUCAACCACAUUGACGCAGCGCGUGUCGUCGAGGGAUACAUCAGUACCGGUGUUUACUACGCCCCCGACCUGCAGUUUGUGUUUGUGAACAAGCGCCCGGUGCGACGCUGCUUCUUGCAUCAGGUCGUCAUCUCACAGCUCCUCAACUCCAUCAUCCUGGCUGAGGACCCAACAACCACAAGCCAAGGGAACCCGUUCAAGCGGAAGAAGCGCAACCGCCACGCCAUCUUUGUGCUCAACAUUGUGCUGCCUGCAGACCAGGUGGACGUCACGCACGAGCCAACCAAGUCCCUCGUCAGCUUCGAGGACGAACAUGCAGUGCGCGAGCUCAUCAAGCGCGCCGUGCGCGCGUUCCUGGCAAAACACGACCUGCUUGUCGACCCAACCCCGUAUCAGAUGACGCUGCCGGAACUUGCGGCCCGUGGUCCUGCAGCAGCGACGGCGACAGCUACAACUGCAACAACCCCACUCACUUCUUCGUCCGCCAUGGUGGUACUGUCGUCGUCGCUGUCUCGAUUUGAACGGAGCAAUGAUGAGGCCAUGCACUCGGCGCCAGCUCGCUCCAGUGCCAUCUCAUCAGCACGAGCAGCAACGCCGUCAGUGGUCGCACACGCCGUGACGCCCUUCACCCGCGAAAACAAUGCCAACAUUCGCAGCAGUGGCAUUACCGCUGCUCGGCUGACACCGCGUCGACGACACGGCUCAGCGCCCGCAGUCCAUAGCAUGAGCAUACCCUCAACCCUUGAUCAAGAUGAUGUUUCGCACAGCAGAUCAGCCCAACAACAACAACAACAACAACAACAACAACAACAACAACAACAACAACAACAACAACAACAACAACAACAAGGGUGUUGUGAGUGUUCAACCGUGGCAUGUGUGUCGAAUCAUUCUGCCCACAGCCGGAACAGCAGUACACAGCUCCCUCACACCACCGCCAAUCACACCACUGAUGUCACCACCACCCACGGCAACCUCAACUCUUGUGAUGAUGACGACGACGACGAGCACGAUGCGGAGGCACAGCUCGCCAGUGAAUCGCAACUAGCACCACCAGAUGCAGCAGCACGUCUGCCUUCCAGGGCAUCCAAGUUGCGGCUGUUUCUGCGCCGCCACGUUGCCUCUCCCCCCGCCGCCAAUGCGCACACGACCGCUGUUGCAGGAGUUGGUGGGAGUGGUGGCGACGUAACUGGGCACAACGGCUGUGAUGGGUCACAACUGAAACACAACCACACACGCGCCGAUCGCACAUCACCACCGCCCUCUCCCCGCCGCCCACAGACGAGGGCUGUGGCAGCCCACUCCCUUCGUCCCCGCACACGUGGCCAUGAAGAUGUCGAGGCUGAAGUCAACAAGUGGAAAACCGAGGCUUUACGCAGAUGGGAUAUGGAGACAACAGAACCGUACCAAGAUCCCAUCGCAUCUCUCCGAGCAAUCCGGGAACGCCGUGGCCUGAGCACAACACAUGCCCAGCGGUUUGACAACACAGCCUUCCGUGACUUUCAGGUGCUGGGCCAAGUCGACAACAAGUUCAUCGCGUGUCUGUUCCGGCGUGAGCAAGAGGCAGACUCUGUGAUUGUCCUCAUUGACCAGCAUGCCGCCCACGAACGCAUCCGUUUGGAGCGCCUCGAACAUGAGCACUUUCGCCUCGGCAGUCCCGUCCGUGCAACCCACGUGUGUGAGCUGGAUGCCCCGUGGGAGCUUUCCUUGGCUGAGGGCGACGCGAGUGCUGCUGAGCAAUACGCGACAGCCAUAAAGGCCUGGGGUAUUCACCUCGUGCGCACAGGGCCCACAUGCGUGCGCGUGACGCACCUUCCUGGUGCGCUUGUGGACGCUUCGGGCACCAGGCAACGUCUUCUUGUGAACCAGAGCACGGUGGAGGAGCUCAUUGAAGACGAGAUAACACACGUGCGACAAAACCAAGGUCGGAAACGCUGGAGCAUACCUCCCACAUUACAGGACAUUCUCAACACGAGGGCGUGUCAUGGCGCAAUCAAGUUUGGAGACGAGCUAUCGAUAGCACAAUGCCAGGAUAUUCUCUCGGACCUUGCCAGCUGCAAACUACCAUUUCAAUGCGCACACGGGCGCCCCUCGAUUGCGCCUCUUGUCGACAUUGCUCCUACUCUCGAAGCUCAAGAAAACGAAAACAACGCCCGGACCAUUUGGACAGACCUGGGCCCAAAGCUGAAAGUGUGGACGGCAGAACACGCCUGCCCAGUAAAACCUUAAUCCAGCUACAAGCGCACCGCUGUUGUUUGUCAUUGCUUUUAUGUCCCUUAGUCAUCACACCGUGGUCACAUCACAGCCAAAUAACAGCAAAACAGUGAACCAUUGUUGAUUAUCGCCAGCCCAGCCAGCCACGCACAUGCUUCACACGAUGUAAACCACACACACACACACACGCACGCACGCACGCACACACACACACGCACACACGCACACACAGC